AAUUUGAUAAGACUGCCUUUCUUUCAUGUUAGCGAGUCAUCGUGGACAGCGAGGUGAUGUAGAUUCGGGGCGGUAAUGGUCCCGAGGAUGUUACUGAGAUAGGCUGGCUUCUCUGCGUCCAUAAUGAUGCAGAGUUCGGAGAGCAGAAGUAUGAUGGGAUCUGCUUCAUUGUCUGUUUUUGCGUGUUCCACAAAAAAGACCCGUCGGUGCACCUCGAGAGAGCCUAACAAGAUUUCAGAUGGGAAGCUGCGAAAGGCGUCGAGACUGUUUGGAGCCAGAGUGUGGUUCUGAAUUUGAGAAGCGAAUCAGUUGUAUCACGUGACUACUAAGCCUUGCGGAAUCCGGAUCAGACUAGUUUGCGAUGGUCGAGUCAGUCGACUAGCUCUAAGCUGACAGUUAUAACUUAUCUAGCAACGAACCCUUCAUGGGGGCUUAUUACGACGAGAUCGAAAUUGAAGAUAUGGCAUGGGAUGAGGUAAAAAGUGUCUACCAUUAUCCCUGCCCCUGCGGUGACCGCUUCGAGAUCUCUCGCAAGCAGCUUGCCAACUGCGAGGAUAUCGCGACAUGUCCGAGCUGCAGUUUGAUCAUUAGAGUUGUCUAUGAUCCACUUGAUUUUGAAGACGAAUCUCCAGAUGACGAGGGGUCCGCAUCGCAGGAAAGUGAGGAAGAUGAGGAGGAAGAUGACAAUAGCGACGACGACCAGUUCGAGGAUGCUCUUGAGAAGCUUACUCUGACAGAGCCAUCAGCCGCGUUGGUUGCAGCAGCAGCAUAAGAGAUCAAAUUUCUCGCUCAUUCCGUCUCGAUGUGUUGCUGCCAUUGGCCCAUCAGUGAACCGAUGAACAUAUUAAAUUGUCAUAGUAGACUAUAUAUUGAUAACAAACACAACAAUCGUCGACAAUGUGGC